CCGAAUAUAAACAUUGCGAGAACUCGACGGGCUUUUCUGGCAAGGAGCCUUUUUUCGUGCGGUAAAGAAUCAAUUUUUUUCGUCUGGUCAGUACUGAUGAUCAAAUUGCAGUCGGGUAAAUUGAUCUCAUAACAAUUUCAGCCACAAGGGAUAGACAUGAUUCGCGGAAAAUCAUACUGGUUGAAAGCAUAUGUUCAAUUGCUUGUUUCUUGUUGACCAAGGUUGAAGGCACCGCGCACCUGUCGACUGGGAAAUUUUCGAUUUUCUUGACUCGGAUUUGUUGCGGAGUUUUUGCCCGCAAAACCACAAGUACACCAACGUGGACUGUUAAAAUAAUCUUUUUUGGGAUUUGUGGCAGAGUUGGGGUGAGAAAAAACGCCCAGCGCCGAUGAGGAAUUCCCUUUGGAAAUGAAUGAGUUGAACUCGGUUGCAGUCAAGGAAAUUGUUAGCAUAAGGGAGGAAGAAAAACUGGAAAAAGAAGAGGAGGAACCAAGCAUGCAAGAUGUGGAAAUUCCGGGCAGUUCGAGCAACGUGCAAGAUUGUGAGCUGCACAAGCAACGCAGUCAAACAUCGUCCUCACCGCCGCAAACAGCGAAACGAAAAGAUCGCAUAAGCAUUAAUGUUGGUGGUAUCCGACACGAAACGUAUCGUAGUACACUAAAAAAUAUUCCCGACACUCGUUUGUCGUGGCUUGCAGAUGCCUCGCCAGGUUCUGUGGACUAUGAUGCAGAUAUGGGAGAAUACUUUUUCGACCGCCAUCCAAGUGUAUUUGCUAAUGUUUUAAACUAUUAUCGCACGGGAUAUCUUCACUGCCCGUUGGAUGUUUGUGGGCCUUUAUUCGAAGACGAGCUGAAUUUUUGGGGAAUCGAUGAUCAGCAAGUGGAGUCUUGUUGCUGGUUAACCUAUCGGCAACAUCGAGAUGCACAAGAAACGCUCGCCGCGUUCGAAGGAGUGGAAUUCGAAAACGAUUUUGAUGAUGAAGAACAGCCUGAUUUUGGCCGAUACGGAUUCGCAUUUGCGGCGGAAACCGAACCAAAUUUAACUUGGUGGCAGAAAUAUCAGCCGCGAAUCUGGACUUUAAUGGAGGAGCCUUAUUCUUCAAAGCUUGCUAAGGUCAUUGCAUACACGACACUGACACUGAUCGUGCUAUCAGUGAUCCUGUUCUGUUUGGAGUCUAUACAAUUUUUCCGCAAGGAAAAAUCCGAAAUGGCGCUGAAAAUCUUGGAGGCAAUCUGUGUAGCUUGGUUUACGCUGGAAUUUUUGGUUCGAUUCAUCUUUUGUCCACAAAAACUGGCAUUCUUCAAGAAAGUUAUGAACUGGAUUGAUUUUUUGGCGAUCGUACCGUUUUACAUCAGCUUAUACCCAGCCACAGAAAACAGUGACAAUGUGGAGAUCUUGAACAUCAUCCGGCUUAUCAGGAUUUUCCGGAUUUUCAAACUUUCCCGUCAUUCGUCCGGGCUCCAAAUUCUUGGGCACACUUUGCGAGCAAGUGUGCGAGAGCUACUUCUACUAAUUUCGUUUUUGAUCAUUGGAGUUGUCUUAUUUGCGAGUUUGAUUUAUUACUGGGAGAAGGAUACUGAAAACACGAAAUUCUACAACAUACCGAAUUGCUUCUGGUGGGCUGUGGUUACCAUGACGACCGUCGGUUAUGGCGACAUGGCACCCACAACGCCUAUGGGCAAAUUUAUUGGCAGCAUUUGCGCGGUCUGCGGAGUGCUGACGAUAGCGCUUCCAGUUCCUGUAAUUGUAAACAAUUUUUCUUUAUAUUAUUCUCACGCCCAAGCGAGGCUCAAAUUACCGAAAAAGCGACGACGAGUUCUCGUUAACGCUCCGAACGCUCUUAAGGCUUCGGCUGUCGUCGAGAAUGGAAUGAGCGGUGAUUCCAAUGGAAGUUCAGACAGCGGCUGCGCUGAGAACAGUACAAUAAACGGUGGACGCAAAUGUAGUCUUCUAAUUACUGAUGAACUCAACGAAGUUAAACCCAGACGGCCUGUGAGGAGAGACAGUCAUUUGUUUAAUAAUACACCAACUUCCAAUGGAGAUGUUGCUGCUACUGCUGCCGCAACAAACAACAGCAGUCGACAGAGUUACGCCAUGCAGAAACGCCUGUCGAUGAGACCAACGGUACCCACCCUACCAGAAGUGGAAUGAAAUCAAUGAUAACAAACCUACCGGAAGUGAAAUGAACCCAUCCCAAGAUUACUUUUGGUUUAUGGGGUAAGGGAAAUGGGGGUGAGGUUGAAUACCUCCCCCACCCCUCCACCGCUCCUCCCGGAAGACCCACCCAUUAGAACGAAGUGCGAGAGCUACAAAAUCAAAGGCGCGACUAAUUGUCCUGACAUGGGGAGGAGUUUGGGGGUAUAGGUGUCCUUAGCUACUUAGAAAGUAACAUCGUCCCAGCCUUGACAUCAGUUUUAGACGUAUUCUAGAGAGAAGAUUCGGCGUCUUAACUGCACGAGAAGUAAUAUAUUCCAAAGACAUAAUUGUGCUUGAGAUUUAUCGAAGCAUGAUUGAUCUUAAGUUAGGGAAAACGAUUCUAGUAAACAAAAAUAUUUAUUUACAUAUCUGUGAGAAUGUUUAUUCAUUUCGUGAUAAUGUGAAAUUUAAUAGCUCUCAGAUCUAUGAAGUCUCUUUGUCCUGAUUAAAAAAAAUCUGACAUUUUCAUUAUAUUUUUAGCUCAUAGGUCACCGCUUUAUAGCUCGACUUCACUAAGUUUAUUAAUGGUUGAUAAAUUUUGUGAAAGGGUGUUUGAACUGGCCGCGUCAGGCAAAGAGUGAAGUAGGGACAUUUAUAAAAAUAAAAUUUUUUUUUUAAGUGCCAUUAAAAAGGAUAUCUGAGAUUAAUAACCUUAUAAGGUGACACAACUGAGCAGUCGGUUUUGUUGCCUGGCAACAACGUCUUUUCGAGCGGGAGAAAGUCCCUAUUUCAAAAUGAUAUGAAGCUGAGGCUAAGGGGGACCAUAAGAUGGUAAUGACAGAAAGUGUGGUUCUCAGUGCAGCAGAGCAAUAAACAUUCGGAAUGUCACCUUAAGCUUCCUUAUUUGAAAGCUUGGCAACAGAGUACGCAACUUUUGAAUUGACAGUACUUAUAAAUACCAUUAUUACCUAAAUCGUUACGAGCUAUGAUGUAGAACAUUAAUUAACCUAAACUCGAUUUGUCAAGGAAAUCUCCUAUCUUUCAAUAGUUAAAUUGGUAGUGUCGAGAUAUCGUUCUGAUAAAAUGCGUCUUCAACAGGAUCGGGAUUAUAUUGUCCACUAAGGUGUCGUCGCAAAUUUUCAUCGCCUGAAAAGCUUUUCGCCGCACGUUAUGAAUCCAGCGGCAAUGACGGUUGUGUUUGAUAAUUGCAAUGUAAUUAGAAUUUUCUCGAAAAAAAAAAAAACGCUCGUACCAAAUAACCGUUACAAAUCCUAGAAAUGUUCACAUGUAAUCACAGAAUUCGUAUGUGAAUAGAGUUUAUAUAUCUUUAAAUGUACAGUGUAUAUAGUUCAUAACAGUCCCCUGAAGACUAUUUUCUUAGUAAGAUAGCCAAACAAUCCAAAAUUUAAGAUACAUAUAGAGUAGUUUUUUUAGAUGUUUAGUUGAACUAAGUCAAAAGUUUGAAUAAAUCACUUUUAGAUAGUUGGAACCGUUCUCUAUUUUCCUU